AGGGUACCUAGACCUAGUCGUGUCGUUGGGUCUGUGCCUAAAACAUCUUGUCAACAAAAAAAACCUCAAUCCACUUCUACUGGCUAGAAUAGUGGAGUAAGGGUCGAUCCCACAGAGAUGGAUAGGACGUGUGCAAUUGUGAAGACAUCCUGGAAGAGUUGGUUUGCUACCAUGCUUUAUGGGGUUGAGAUUAAAACUAGGCGUGAAAUGAAAUGGAACCUAUAUCUAAACCGACCAGUACGUGAAAAUGAGACAUAUACCCCUCCUGACCAGUAGGUCAUGGUGGGCUCUAAAUGCUGAAUGCUAAAAGAAAUUAAAGUGCGUGUGUAAACUAGAGAGCGAGUGUGCAUGUUCGAAGCUACUAGACGAAACUGACUAAAAAUGGCUAGACAAAAGGUAAAGAGAAUCAAAGGACAUGCUGACAGACUGUCUGCUGGGUGUGCAGAAAAGCUGAAAAAGUGCAAGUACAAAAGCAAAAAGCAACAAAAGCAACACAAGUGGUCCCAUUCUUUGAUUGUGACAUUUUUUCUUCACAAGCUAAACUAACAGGAUCUAACAAACUCCAUUGAUGAAUGCACAAGCUUGAAAAUUCAUAAAUGCAAUAUUUAACUUGAAAUUGAGAACGAAAGCAAAGAAAAACUGAGAUUUACGCAAACUGGUCAACAAGGACAGGGUGACAGAAACAAACAAAAAUGAAUUCCAUGCAUUUUUUAGAAACUUAUACCGAUUAAAACUUGUAAACACUUGAGGAAAAACUAGAUCUAACUAAGCUAGGCAGAUUCAAGGACUUAAACAACAGAAAUUCACAUAAACUACCAGAUCUAUCUAACUGGCCAGAUUAAACUCAAAACAAGCCGAAACACAAAAUAAAACCACAAUAAACUUCAUUUCAUUCAAGAUUAUAACCCAAAAGAUGUUCCAACUAAAGUAGCUAUUAGAAUUCAAGUCAGAUGCAAGCAAAACUAGUACUUAAGCUAAGAAAUCUUAAAAUCAAAGCAAGUAAAAGGUUGUUUGGCUCCUCUGAAAUUGAAACUGGAAGAACUUCUGGUACUACGUCGGUUGGAAUGAAUCAGACAUGAUUCUCCUCGCCGGCAGGUGGCCGGAAUCUUCAAGUCAGGUUGCUGGGUUUAGAGAGUGAAACUAAGAACUAAUGGAGCUAUUCCCCUUUAUCUUCAAGUCAGGUUGCUCGGUUUAGAGAGUGAAACUAAGAACUAAUGGAGCUAUUCUCCUAAAAGAGGAUCCCCUCUUUUUACUUUAUGUUCAAUUCCUAUUUAUAGGGUGGCUUGCCCUAAUUUUUUGGGCAGCCUCUUCAUGCGAAAUGAUAAUUUUGCCCCUCUUUAGAUAGUGAUUGUUCCAAGCAAGUCCUUCCUUCUCGUGUCCAACUCCAUGGCAUCUAUCCUGGCCAAUUUGCACCUUUUUCUUCCCAUACUUGCCAGUUUGCACUUUUUCUGCUCAUACUGGCCAGUUUGCACCUUUUCUACAUUUUUUCACUCGAAUUGGCUAUAAAGGUUGAGAAACUUGGUAAAGAUUCUCUUAUAAACUGUGCCAGGACCUGCAUGUCCUCUAAGUUGAUUGGUGGUGAUAGCGACUUCUUUGCAAGUGUGUGCUGAUGUGUAGAUUGUGGAUGCUGUACAAUCAGUAAAAAUGACAAAUGCAAGAAAAGUUAGAUGCCCUAUCAAGGAAUCAAUAUUCUUAAAGCUCAUGGGAAAAGUGCCAGAGAUAGCUAUCUACUAAAAGGAUAUGCUCUCAAUACGGGGCGUGCUGCACAGGGGAUGCCCCUGAGGGUUGCCCCUGCCAAAAUUGCUUGCCUUGAUCUUAAUCUUCAGAAGACAAAAAUGCAAAUGGGAGUCCAAGUGUUAGUCACUGACCCCUGGGAGUUGGAUAAGAUUCGUCAGAGAGAAGCUGACAUGACAAAAGAACGUAUUGAGAAGCUUCUUAAGGCAGGAGCAAAUGUUGUUUUGACCACCAAAGGAAUCAAUGACAUGGCACUUAAGUACUUCGUGGAGGCUGGUGCCAUAGCUGUCAUACGUGUUCGCAAGGAGGACCUGUGUCAUGUUGCUAAGGCAACUGGUGCUACUGCGGUCUCAACUUUCGCAGAUAUGGAAGGGGAAGAAACAUUCGAUUCAUCACUUCUAGGCUAUUCAGAUGAAGUAGUGGAGGAACGAAUUGCUGAUGAUGAUGUAAUUAUGAUAAAAGGGACCAAGACCUCAAGCGCGGUUUCUUUGAUACUUAGAGGUGCCAACGACUUCAUGCUUGAUGAGAUGGAUAGGGCGUUGCAUGACGCUAUAUGCAUUGUGAAGAGAACACUGGAAUCUAAUACAGAUCUUCAUGUCUGUUUACAACUAACAGAUAAUAUUGGCUCAGCCUCAGCAGUGUUAGAAGUGAAGGCCAUGUUGAUUAUGCUGGAGCUCAUCAUAUGGAGUAACAUGAUCAGAAGAAUGCAAGUGAUGGAAUAUUCCAUACACAAAUGAAUCCAGAUUGCAGCUCGACACAAGUUGUUGAUGUCUCCUUACAGCCAACAAAGUCACGAGCUCCACUUGUGGUUGUACCGGAGAUUCCAGCUCAGAUUGGGGACCAUUCGGUUAGUUGGAGAGACGUGGUCAUCCGAGGAUUAAAGAAGAAUGUAGCUUAGAUAGUUUGUUAUGAUUAAGUGGUUAAUCUUGUACUAGAGUAGAUUAGUGAAACAUUCUGGAUUGUUCCA